CUCGGACAGCAGCCGCGGCUACCCGGCGACCCCACAGCCGCCACGCCACCUACCAAAGGAUCAUCCAAUCCAUUCAUCCUCAUCCUCGCGCGCGUCCAUCCAAGAACACGGAAAAAAGAAUCGAGAAAAUAGCCUCGUCGACGUCAGUUCAAUUUCAGCUCCUUCAUUCGGGAGCUCAGGUGGUUCUCAAGGUUUGCCGGGGGUUGAUGGCGGCGGAGCCGAAGGUGCCGCUGCUGGAGGGGCGGAGCGGCGCGACGCCCGCCCAGACGAUCGGGAACAUCGUCGUCUCCAUCGUCGGCACCGGGGUGCUCGGCCUUCCCUACGCCUUCCGCACCGCCGGCUGGCUCGCCGGCGCCCUCGGCGUCGCCGGCGCCGGCGCCGCCACCUUCUACUGCAUGCUUCUGCUCUUGGACUGCAGAGACAAACUGCGCGAGCAAGAAGCAGAGGUCGAGGAGCAUGGCCACCAACCUCGCUGUGGCAACUACACCUACGGCGACCUGGGCGAGAAGUGCUUCGGCCGGUUCGGCAGGUGCUUCACGGAGGCCACCAUCAUCCUGUCCCAGACCGGCGGCACCGUCGCCUACCUCGUCUUCAUCGGCCAGAACGUCUCCUCCGUCUUCGCCGCCGAGGGCGGCCACGGCCCCAGCCCGCUCUCGCCGGCCGCCGUGGUCCUCGCGCUCCUGCUCCCGGUCCAGGCCGCGCUCUCCUUCAUCCGCUCGCUGUCCUCCCUCGCGCACUUCAGCAUCCUCGCUGACGCGUGCACGGUCCUGGCCGUGGCCACCGUGGUGAAGCAGGACGCCCAGCUCCUGGCCGCGCGCGGCGGGCAGCCGUUCGCCGGGCGGAGCGCCGUCGCGGGGCCCUGGGGCGUCGCGUUCGCCUGCGGCUUCGCCGUGUUCUGCUUCGAGGGGUUCUGCAUGACGCUGGCGCUGGAGGCGUCCAUGUCCGACCGGAGCAGGUUCCGGUCCGUGCUCCUCCAGGCCAUCGCCGGCGUCACCGUCGUGUACGUCUGCUUCGGCGCCUGCGGGUACCUCGCCUACGGCGACGCCACCAAGGACAUCAUCACGCUGAACCUCCCGAGCAACUGGUCCACCGCCGCCGUCAAGGUGGUGCUGUGCGUCGCGCUGGCGCUGACGUUCCCGAUCAUGAUGCACCCGAUCCACGAGAUCGUGGAGGCGCGGCUGCUCGCGCCGGGCGGGUGGCUGCGGAAGCACGGCGGCGGCGGCGGCUGCGCGCUCGAGCGGGCGGCGCUGCACGCGAGCCGCGUCGCGGUGGUGGCGGCGCUGUCCGCGGCCGCGUGCUUCGUGCCGGCGUUCGGGUCGUUCGCGUCGUUCGUGGGGAGCACGGUGUGCGCCUUGCUCUCCUUCGUGCUGCCCGCGCUGUUCCACCUCCGCGUCGCGGGCGCCGGCGCCGGCGCCGCGCGGCGCGCCGUGGACUGGGGCGUCCUCCUCUUCGGGCUCGCGUUCGCCGCCCACGGGCUGUACGCGGCCGUCGCGCGGCGGCACUGACGUCUGCAAGACUCGAAUCUCUCUGUCACGUUGGUUUUGUACAAAAAAAAAAUUGAUACGGUUCGAACAGGCCCGCCUGGCCUUUUUUUUUCCUUUUUGAAAGAUUCAGGCCCGGCCCACUGCUACACAAAUGUUCAUGCAUCAGGUGCUCAGAACAGUGAGCGGAGCCGAGCAACGCAAAGUCACAGGUUCAGAGCAUUGCAGAUACUGGAGUUUCACUGUAACACGUGCGCACCCCCUUUGAGGCUUUGACCCGUAA